AUGGUUGUGAGGAGACGGGAAUCAAUUAAUGAGGAACAUGUCACUGUAAGUGGGGGAAUGGUAAGUAGUGCUGGCAAGUUUUCUGGAUCUUCACUGGUAGCAGGCACUUUCUACGGGUUCCUGGUGGCAUGGUUGCGCGAUGUUCUUGAAGCGGUUCAUGAUCAGCAUGCGGCGACGCUGGGCGGUUGGUGCGGGAUGAAAGAGAAGGGGACCUGGAGACGAUCUCUCCCGUUGUCAGAUCAUAAUCUGGUCGAUAAGAUCGCUGACCAAUCAGGCAUCGAGAAGGUCAAACCAAACAAAACUGCGUCCCUAAGCGCUGUCUCCUUGCGACCAACACCACAGUUCAAAUCUCGGCUCAUCUAG